UUCCUCGGGGAGUUAUUAUUGUGCGGUACCUUGGAGCUCUGGUAUGUGUACCGCAGAAUUUUUUUUUGAUGAUUCUGCCAAAAAUUAACUUAAGGGAAAAUCUGAAAUCACAUACUUUAAAUUUAACACAUGAAGUGUGACUGGUGUGUGUGCGAUUUGUCUAAGCAAAUAGAAGACGAUUUUUAGAAACCUAUUUGUUCUCAACUUGACUGAGUGUUGACAAUUCAGCUCUUGUAUCAUGACCCAAAAUCACGUUACCGGAAUGGAGACCUCGGCUAUCUCCGUCCUGAAGCGGGCGGUUGAACUGGAUCAUGGCUCGCGCUUCCAGGAGUCCCUGGUAUGUUACCAAGAGGGGAUCCAGCUUCUAAUAGACGUUCUAAAAGCUGUUAAAGACGACUCCAAGAAGCUUCACUACAGAGACAAGAUCAAGGGCUACAUGGACAGAGCGGAGCAGAUCAAGGUCCAUGUGAACCAGCUAAAAGAAGAAGGGAAAUACCAUGAGCAGAUCAGGAUAGCAGAAAACUCCACAGGCUACAGCUAUGAGGUUCUGUUCAAGCCUUACAUCAGUGAGGAUCUCACUGAGGUCUGGGUGGAGGACCCUUACAUACGGCACAUCCACCAGUUGUACAACUUCCUGCGUUUCUGUGAGAUGCUGCUGAAGGCUUCCUGUGGAGUGAAGAAAAUCCACCUCCUGACUUCACAGGAAGAGGACAGUUCCUCCCAGCAGGCAGGAGCUCUGGUGGAGCUGAGACAGAGCCUGCUGGCUCAUGGGGUGUGUCUGGAGCUCAAGUACUCUUCCUACAUCCAUGACAGGGAGAUCAGGUUUGACAACGGUUGGAUUAUCAAGAUAGGAAGAGGACUGGAUUACUUCAAGAAACCAAAAGGACGUUUCUCUAUCGGUUACUGUGACUACGACUUGAGAGAGUGCCAGGAGACCUCAGUGGACAUCUUUCACACCAAGCACACCAAGACUCUAUGAGAUCCAGAGAGGUGGAAUCCCAUCUCUCUGUUUUUGAGUAGUCCAUUGUCGGUCCAAUUUCUCCACAUCCCUCCGUCGCCUCCGAAUUGCUUUCAUUUAUAGUCAUAUAUAAUUAGAAACCUCAAAUGUGCCUUAUUAUGUGUGUAUCAACCUAGAUAUCAAGAAGCGCAGCAACAGCUUGACAGUUAUCUUCAUCAUCCUGCUCUAAAUGGUCAUACAGCACUUGCAAUUUUUUUAGGUUAUUUUAUUUUUGGGGAUUGAUACUUUCCACGUCUUGGACAUUAAUAGCGGGUCAUUAUCUUAUUUGUGUGUAUGUUUUAAUGGAGUGUGGGUCUGUGACUUGACUUCAUGAUGCAUUUUAAGGGAUACUGUUUGGACCAGAGGGUUGUAUGGUUAAACAAACAAUGCUUGAAUUCAUAGAAAAGAAAAGAAAACGGUUUUAUACAUGUAUUUUAUAAUAAACGUUUACAAUAAUAAACUAUAUUGAGAGACAAA